UCCUCCAGCCCCCCCCCUCUCUCUCUCGCGGUGUUUGAGGGGAGGCCUCCGCCCCCCUCCCACAGAGUUGCCCCCCACCGACCUACCGAACAGCCAAGAGACGACUCCCCUCCUCCCCCCACCGCAUCCUCCUUCUGUGGGAUUUAUCAUGGAGGCGGCCGGGACAGAUCACCUGUUCAAGCAUUUAAUUGAAACACUGAAUGACAGAACAGGCAAGAAGUUCUACAAUGUUGCUAAACUAGGAAGCACCAAAUAUGAUACCCUGCCUUAUUCCAUACGGGUGCUGUUGGAAUCUGCUGUUCGCAACUGUGAUGGCUUCCUAGUGAAAGAAGAAGAUGCUAUGAACAUUUUGGACUGGAAAGCAAAACAGAACAAUGUUGAAGUGCCCUUCUGUCCUGCCAGAGUCCUCCUCCAAGACUUUACUGGAAUUCCUGCAAUGGUGGAUUUUGCCGCUAUGAGGGAAGCUGUGAAAAAGCUCGGUGGAGAUCCUACAAAAGUCCAUCCUGCCUGCCCAACAGACCUCACGGUGGACCAUUCUUUGCAGAUGGACUUCAUUAAAUGUGCAAUACAGAACACCCCCAAUCCUGGAGGUGGUGAUCCUCCAAAGCUACCCUCAAAGCUUUCUCCGGUUAAAGCUCCUCGGAAGCUACCGUGCAGAGGCCCUGCCAGCUGCAAAGGGCCGUGUGAUGGAGAAUCGAGGCACGCCGCGGGGCAACUUUCUGUGCAGAUCGAGAACACGCCACUACUGUGUCCUUUUCAUCUUCAGCCAGUGCCUGAGCCAGAAACAGUGUUAAAAAACCAGGAGGUGGAAUUUGGUCGAAACAGAGAGAGACUCCAGUUUUUCAAGUGGGGUUCCAAAGUUUUUCGGAAUGUCUCUGUAAUUCCACCCGGAACUGGAAUGGCACACCAGGUGAACCUAGAAUACUUGUCAAGAGUGGUGUUUGACGUUAAAGGGUUCCUCUACCCAGACAGCGUCAUUGGCACUGAUUCCCACACAACCAUGGUGAACGGCUUGGGAAUCUUGGGAUGGGGUGUGGGUGGAAUUGAAACCGAAGCAGUCAUGCUAGGAUUGCCAGCCACCCUCAUCUUGCCGGAGGUGGUUGGGUGUGAACUGACAGGCUCUGCUAACCCGCUUGCCACAUCAAUCGAUGUGGUCCUGAGCGUGACUAAGCAACUAAGGCAAGCAGGAGUGUCUGGAAAGUUUGUAGAGUUCUUUGGGCCAGGCGUUCCCCAGCUCUCCGUGGGCGACCGAACCACCAUAGCAAAUAUGUGUCCAGAAUAUGGUGCUAUCCUGAGCUUUUUCCCUAUAGAUAAUGUGACGCUAAAGCAUUUAAAACAUACCGGCUUUGAUGAGGCCAAACUCAAGUCCAUGGAAGCAUAUCUUAAAACUGUGAAACUAUUCAGAAAUUAUCAGCUUUCCACUGAAGAACCUGAAUAUUCCCAGGUUAUACACAUAAACCUGGGUUCUAUAAUGCCAUAUGUGAGUGGUCCCAAAAGGGCACAGGACAGAGUGGCUGUUACAGACAUGAAAAGCGAUUUCCAGGCAUGCUUAAAUGAAAAGGCUGGCUUUAAAGGCUUUCAGAUUCCCACCGAGAAGCAAAAGGACGUGGUUCCUGUUGAGUAUGAAGGAAAUGAGUAUGAGCUGGCUCAUGGGUCGGUCGUCAUUGCUGCAGUGAUCAGCUGUACAAACAACUGCAAUCCCUCCGUCAUGCUAGGAGCAGGCUUGCUGGCCAAAAAAGCCAUUGAAGCUGGUCUGACUGUUAAACCUUACAUAAGGACGAGUUUAUCGCCUGGGAGCGGAAUGGUUACACACUAUCUCAGUUCCAGUGGUGUUUUGCCAUACCUCAAUAAACUUGGAUUUGAAGUCAUUGGCUAUGGAUGCUCCACGUGUGUUGGGAACACUGCUCCUUUACCAGAAGCCAUUCAGAAUGCAAUCGUGCAGGGUGACUUGGUUGCUUGUGGAGUUUUGUCUGGAAACAAAAACUUUGAAGGCCGCCUUUGCAGCUGCAUCCGGGCCAAUUACCUUGCCUCACCACCUCUCGUCGUUGCUUACGCGAUAGCGGGAACUGUGAAUAUUGAUUUCCAGACUGAGCCGCUAGGGACCAGCCCUGAUGGCAAAAGUAUCUUCUUGCAUGAUAUCUGGCCCACGCGGGAAGAACUUCAGCAAGUAGAAGAAGAGUUCGUAAUAUCAUCCAUGUUCAAAGAGCUGAAGGAAAAAAUGGAGAAAGGAAAUAAGCGAUGGAACUCCCUGGAAGCACCCGAAUCCAUUUUAUUUACAUGGGACUGGAAGUCCACGUACAUCCGAUGCCCUUCGUUUUUCGAGAAGCUUGCCGAAGACCCGCUUCCACCUCAGUGUAUUGAAAAUGCACACGUCUUGUUACAUUUGGGAGAUUCUGUCACAACAGAUCACAUCUCACCUGCUGGGAGCAUCGCUCGGGGCAGUGCAGCUGCCAGAUACUUGACAAACAAGGGCCUCACGCCUCGUGAAUUCAAUUCUUACGGCGCUCGACGGGGUAAUGAUGCGGUGAUGACAAGAGGCACCUUUGCCAACAUCAAGCUUUUAAAUAAAUUCAUUGGGAAACCGGCUCCUAAAACUGUUCACUUCCCAACAGGACAGACGCUGGAUGUCUUUGAUGCGGCUGAAUUAUAUCGGAAAGAGAAUGUCCCUCUGAUCAUCUUAGCAGGGGCAAAGUACGGACUGGGGAGCUCCAGAGAUUGGGCUGCAAAAGGACCUUUUUUACUGGGUGUGAAAGCAGUUAUUGCUGAAAGCUACGAGAAGAUCCACAAAGGCCAUCUGAUUGGAAUGGGCAUCGCUCCACUGCAGUUCCUGCCUGGGGAAAAUGCGCAUGCACUGGGCCUGACAGGCAAAGAACAGUUUUCUGUCUCGUUUCCUCAAGAGUUAUCCCCAGGAAUCACCCUAAACGUCAAGACAAAUACAGGUAAAGUAUUCCAUGUGGUCGCUUCAUUUGACAAUGAUGUGGAAAUGACAUUGUACAAACAUGGUGGCGUUCUGAACUACAUGGUCCAAAGGCUCUUGUAGAGCCCUGUCCACACCUGGGGACUGUGCACGGAUGCCCCCCUACCCCCCACCCCCGCCUCCUGUGAUGGCCUUGCACAGACCUUGCUCUGUUGUUGGAACUGCCUGCAGUCCCGCUGCGCUCAGAUAUUUCGUCCAUGGAUGUAAAAGAUUGUGAAUUGUUGUAGUGACUGCAGCAAGAUCCUUCCGGAUUUUAAAAUAAUAUUCAAAUGGUGCUAUUGACAUUGCUAAAAAAAAAUUGACGUGUGUGUUGUGAAAGAGAACUGUAAGUAUGGGGCGGUGGGGGGAGGGGAUUGUCUUAGACCCUUUUGUAAAUAAAUGAUGUGAAACCUGAAACUGAAUUGUGGUGAAAAUUUUAAGCAAGAAGACUUUCUGCAGUUAUUUUCUCCCUUAGAUUUUGCACCUUUUAACUUUCUAUUGCUGUUUGUUGGUUUCAGGGGCAGCACAUGGUUUGGAAGGUUAAGGGUGGGCAGGUUUUCCUUUUUAUUCAGGCCUCCAGGUUUCCAGAUCAAAAGCCAAUUCUAGAUCACUGUAUUGGCCAUAGAUGAGAAAGCUGAAGGGAGCCCAGCAUAGAAUCUAUACGUGAAAGAGAGAAUUUCCUGUGAAGAAUGCCAAGAUGAAGACAAACAUCCCAUUUUGGAGUCUUUUUAUUUCCAAACCAUGUUCCAGCCUCCUCUGUUGCUUCAUACAAAGGUGGAUGAGCUUUUGAUGCAUGACUAGCAUGGACCUUCGCUGGGCUAACCUGUCCUGCUGCUGAAUUAACUGAAACAGCGGCAAUCUCUCUCCUCAAUUUGCCUUUGGCAGUUAGAAAUCUAGCAGUCGCCCGUGCUAUCUGUCACUGGCGAGCUGAGCUGCAACCACAGAUCUCAGCCUCUCCCCUUUAAAUAGUCUAUCUGGUUUUCCUCUCUCUACUUUUAGUAUAUGAUCCAAAAUAGCUGGAACUCUUUGACCUGAGGAUGAUUACAAAUAACUCCUUGGAUUGCUGAGGCAGCUUUGUGGCCUUGUACUCCUAAUAACCAACCAGGUGGCCCAUUCGUGGAGAUCCCUGCAUGUUAGCCCAAACUGCCUAUUAUACCAGUGCCAUCUCCACGGCUACCCUUUGGACUGGGUCGGCAUUGCUGGAGAAAACAACUUCCUUAGUAUAACUGAGUAUAUUCUGCAUCUCAGCAAAGCAGGUUGGUGGGUCAUGUCAGAUUCUUUUUCAAGUCCUUUAGAAAUAGCUGUAUUUGCAGUGCAACCUGUGUUAAUUAUUUUAUAGUGAGAAGCAAUCUGUAAUUAAGAAUUGCCUAGUCCACCAGCUGUAUGCAAUAAUGUUGGUUUUACUCUGUGGGGAUUCUGCUGCAAAAAAUAUCCUUGGUAAUUAAACAUCUGAUUUCAGUUUAUUAUUAUUUUUUAAAAAAGCUGUUCUAUAUAAAAUAAUCACACAGCAGAAUAUACAAUAUACUUCUCGUGAAUACUCUGCCACUUAAAAUAUCCACUGAGUUCUGAGUGAUUUAAUUUGGAAAGUUACUAGGUUCUGCAGAACAGAGAUGGCAGGGAAGUGGUGUAAAUGUAAAAUUUUGCUUUGUAAUGGAAAACAUUUCUGUCUGGCCAUUUUGAACAUGACAUAACUUAAAUAGUACUGAAAAUGUUCUGUGGAAUUUCUUGGACAGAAAUUUUUCUCUAAACUUCCUUGAAUUAAUACUUUCAGUCUCAAAUCAGCGGGGCUCUUUGCAUUUCCCCCAAGGCUAAUCCCUUUAUUGAGCUCCUCUCAGUACUCUUGGCGUAGGCUCAUCACUGCUGGAAUGAGGCACAUGGAGGGGCCGUUCUGCCCUGACAAUUACAAAUGGCCACUGAGGGUACCGUGGGCAGUAUUUCAGUGGAUAGGAGCACAAACGUAAAUUGUGUUGUGUUAGCCUAAGGGGCCCUUUAGCACAUGGGUUUUCCAGGGAAUCCUCUCACACCAGCAUACUUCCUUGGUGUUACGCUAGAAGUCCUUUCCACGAACAGAAUGCAAUUUACGUUGAUGCUCGUGUCCGAUUGGAUACUGUCCCUUACAUGUGACAAUGUCCAAAUUAGCUCUUCCCGCCUGGUGGGUUCUUCCUCCUUGUUUGUCUGUGGUCCUCACCCCCGCCACAGCCCUUGCUCCCUAAGGCUUGCAGCCGGUGUGCCUUACCAGACACGCCCAUCAUUUCCUAGAAUUGAGAACAGCGUUUGCGGGUCUUGCUUUGAAGGAGCUUUCAUCUUGACAUAUUUGCGCCCUGAGUGUAAGCGCAGGCGCCCAUAUCUUUCGCAUGCAGCUUUAUGACUUUGGGAGCGAUGCCAGAAAUCAGACAGUGUUAUGCAUUUGGCCACCACCUAGGAAGCUGUCAUUGGUGUGCUUGUGCUGGUUUUUGAGCGUCGGCUUUUAAAGCGGCCCAAUUCCCUGUCAGUUGCAGGAAAGAAGUAGUCAUUUUCCCAAAAGUACACAGCCUCUCAGUGCUGUUUUGCUGGGCCACAAAACAUGCACGGCCAUGAAGGCUUGAGCUGGCUUUAUGAUUUUGGCAUUUGAGAGAAGUGGUUCGCAGAAAUGGAGACCUUUGAACUUCCGAGUUCCAAUACUGUCAGGGUGAGGUGAAAGCUUCUGCCAUCAUUUGGGCGGCUUCUUCUUCUUCUUCUUCUUCUUCUUCUUCUUCUUCAACCAUGAACGGUUGUGCUUUCAAGGCUGCAGCCCCUGUGCAUUUUUUUUUACUUGGAAAUAAUUUCCCUUGAACUCAAAAGGAGCAAGCGUGCCUGGACUCAGGCCGCCUGGCUCAGAUUUUGGUGGGACUUUUGCUGAUUUAUUUCUCCCUACACACACCCCUGAAGCAAGCAUCCUUUGCAUAUUAUGCAGAAGCUUGAAAGGGAGAGGUGGGGGGGGGGAGGCAAAGUAGUAAGGUUGUUCUAUUAGGGGCCUUUUGGUUUGACUGGAAACUACCUAUCUGAAUUUUGUCCAUCUAUCAGCAACAGCACAAUAUAUUUUACUCAGAAAGACUUGGGGGUGAAUCCAGAAGUUGGAUGCUGAUCUUAAACCCUAUAAGGGCAAAAUCAUUGAAACUGGAAUUGUAUUUUGUCUUCAGGUUCUCUCUUCAAUUUUGAUUUGGAAGAGAACCUUUGAAUUUCAAUCCUAAAAGGCUCUGUUAACAAAAUGGGGGGGGAGUGUUUAUAAAAUUAUACAUCUGCAAAAUUAUAAAUGCAUUUUAUUAAUCAUAUAUAAGCAACUGCAAAUGAAUGUCUGCUCUUUUAAGCCAACAUAACAGUAUAUAAUGGGUUUUAUGUUCACUGAUAAGUAUUGUAUAGAAAUCUUAAAGACAAAGUUCAAUUUGCUGACAAUUGUGCAUAAAAUGUUAAAUCGAUGUAAAUUAUUUUUAAUAAAGAAAGUUGUACCAUG